AUGGCAAACACAAAUCUCUCCACCCGCAUCUCCAUCAGUUGGCCCCCGUCCUCACCUUCCGAACCAACUGAUACCCUUGUCCUGUCCGUCAAUGGGUGGUAUGUGGACUUGCGCGUUGACAAGGCUACUGGUGGUUUAGAUUGGGCGAUAGCUGGGGAGAGAUUGGUUGAUGAGAAUGAUUCUAGCGUAGUGCGGUUCACACACGCCCUUGACUCCCACGGCGCCUUCUCAACAGCAGACUGUGGGACGUUCUCAACACUUCCAAACGGAGACGACCUGGAAGUCGGGGAGAUGCCGCGUGCCGAUGUUCCAGGGGCACCGGUUUGUGCGUACGAGGAGGUGUGGCGUACGCUGGUGCCACCUGUUGGCGCGGAAGGAGAGGGGCACUGCGUGUCGUGGGUGUUGGAGGGGAGGAAGAAGAUUGUAGGAGGUGAGCUGGUGAGGACGUUUCUGGGGAGGGCUGGUGGGGUGUACCUUGCUUUGAGACAGACGCAGACUGUUGAGGGUGAGGGUCGUCAUGUGCAGCGCGGAGGAGAGGUUAGUGCUCGGCGGGAGGAGUGGGGGGUUUUGUCUGGGUGGCGGGACAAGUAUGUCUUUGGGCCCGAUGGUGGGAGUCUACCGUCGAUGAGGGAUGUCGGUGUUGAGGAUCAGAGGGAGUGGAAACAGGGGCAGACGGUUGUUGUUUGUGGGGAGGAGUAUGUCGUGCAUGGACUGGAUGUUGCUUAG